AUGGGGAAGAGGGGCAAGGCGGCGGCAAGGGAGCGCCGGGAGGAGCGGCGGCGGGAGGUCACGCUCCUCCGCGCCGUACCCUACGAGCCCCACCAGCGGUGGUGGGACGGCCUCGCGCCGGCGCGCGCCGUGGCGGUGGUCACGGGGGCCAGCCGCGGCAUCGGCUACGAGAUCUCCCGCCAGCUCGCGCACCACAGCCUCCACGUCGUCCUAGCCUCGCGCGACGCCGCGCGGGGCCGGGACGCCGCGGAGAGUAUCCUCCGAGAGCAGGAGGCGGCGAGCGCGGAGUGGCGGCAGCUAGACGUGGCGGACGCCGCGUCGGUGGAGGCCUUCGCCGCCUGGACGGCGCGGACCCACGGCGGCAUCCAUGUCCUUAUUAACAAUGCAGGUGUAAACUUCAACGGAGGAGCAGAUAACUCUGUUGAAUUUGCAGAGCAAGUAAUUGAGACAAAUUAUUUUGGUACAAAGCGGAUGAUUGAAGCCAUGCUACCAUUACUGAAACCUUCUCCGUAUGGUGGCCGGAUAGUGAAUGUAAGCUCAAGGCUUGGUAGGGCCAAUGGCAGGCGCAAUAAAAUCGGCGAUGCGAUCCUAAGAGAGCAACUAUUAACUGAUGAUUGCUUAUCUGAGGAAUUGAUUGAUGGGAUGGUCACUAAAUUCCUUGAACAAGUGAAGCAAAAUAGUUGGUCCUCCAUUGAGUGGCCUCAGAUGUACACGGACUAUUCUAUCUCAAAGCUUGCUGUUAAUGUGUAUACAAGACUCAUGGCUAAGAGGCUUGCUGACAGGUCUGAAGGCCAAAAGAUUUACAUUAACUGUUUCUGUCCUGGCUGGGUAAAGACUGCCAUGACUGAUUGGGAAGGGAACAUUUCAGCCGAAGAAGGUGCUGAUACUGGAGUGUGGCUUGCUCUGUUACCCCAUGUUCAAAUUGCUUUGUGUUACUUGCACCUAUUGGCAUAG